GCCCCAUGUGCCCAUUGACCUUUGAAGAGUUGAGGUCUUUGAGGAGAGUGGCAGAGCUGGGGGUGAAGGAGCCAGCCUGGGAGAGCAGGGAGCUGCGAGCCGGGUAUGAGAGAGCUGCUUCUGUGCCUUUCGGUUACAAACCUGGCAGGAAUGUAGCCAAGGAGGGCGUGAGCUCAGUGGAUAGGAGGCAGGAAGAGCAGUCGGUCCCUUCCGUCUCCAUCUACCUCUCCCAGCUUGGCCUUGGCCUUCCCCCACCCCUCUGAUUAUUCAUUAACUGCAGUCCAGGAAGCACUUUGCAAAUAGUGACAAUUAAGCCCUCUGCUUGAGGCCUGAGGUUUGCCUGACCUGGAGCUACCUUCUUCUCAGUCCGCCUAGGAACAGGCGGAGUUCAGGACUCUGCCUGUGUGGAUCAGUAGGACCCCGUGGGUUGAGGGUUGUGGUACUUCCUCUGCCAGCUCCUGUCAGUCCUCCAUCAGUGGGGAUCUGAGAGACAAGACCCUGAUGCCAUCCCGUGGGUGGUUUCACCGUGACCUGAGUGGGCUGGAAGCUGAAGCCUUACUGAAGGGACGGGGUGUCCAUGGGAGCUUUCUGGCCAGACCCAGUCGGAAGAAUCAGGGUGAUUUUUCCCUUUCAGUGCGGGUUGGUGAUCAGGUAACCCACAUCCGCAUCCAGAAUACUGGGGAUUUCUAUGACCUGUAUGGAGGGGAGAAGUUCGCUACCUUGUCCGAACUGGUGGAGUAUUACACACAGCAACAGGGCUCGUUGCAGGACAAAGAUGGAACAGUCAUCGACUUGCGAUACCCCCUCAACUGUUCCGACCCCACGACAGAGAGGUGGUACCACGGGCAUCUGUCAGGUCCUGCAGCCGAGUCACUUCUCCAGGCCAAAGCCACCCCUUGGACGUUCUUGGUGCGGGAGAGCCUCAGCAAACCCGGGGAUUUUGUCUUGUCUGUCCUCACUGACCAGCCUAAACCUGGGUCUGACGCUCCACCAGCUGGGGCAACCAGUGCCUCUGGGGCCCGGCUCAAAGUCACGCACAUCAAGAUCAUGUGUGAGAAUGGACGCUACACAGUUGGAGGUGCAGAAAUGUUUGACAGCUUGGCAGAUCUGGUUGAGCACUUCAAGAAGAUUGGAAUUGAAGAGAUGUCUGGCACCUUUGUGUACCUGAAGCAGCCCUACUAUGCUACAAGGGUGAAUGCUGCUGACAUUGAGAAUAGAGUGCAGGAACUGAACAAGAAGAGUCUAUCUGAGGAGACAUCCAAGGCUGGAUUCUGGGAGGAAUUUGAUAGUUUGCAAAAACAGGAAGCCAAACACCUGUUUGACCGUCAUGAGGGUCAGAGACCUGAAAACAAGAGCAAGAACCGAUACAAGAACAUCUUGCCCUUUGAUCACUCCAGAGUCAUCCUCAAAGGAAGGGACCCAAAUAUACCUGGAUCGGACUAUAUCAAUGCCAACUAUGUCAAGAACACCAUGAUCAGCCCAGAUGAGUGCACCAAGACCUACAUCGCAAGCCAGGGCUGCCUGGAAGCCACAGUCAAUGACUUCUGGCAAAUGGUGUGGCAGGAGAACACACGCAUCAUCGUGAUGACGACGCGGGAGGUAGAAAAAGGGCGGAACAAAUGUGUGCCUUACUGGCCAGAGCUGGGCAGCACAAAGGAAUAUGGUCCCUACCUUGUGGAGAAUGUUGCGGAGCACGAUGCGUUGGAGUACAAACUGCGGCACCUCUGUCUGUGUCCAAAGGAUAACGGUAAGGCUGUGCGUGAGAUCUGGCACUACCAGUACCUGAGCUGGCCUGACCACGGUGUACCCAGUGAGCCAGGAGGAGUCCUCAGCUUUCUCGACCAGAUAAACCAGAAGCAAGAGAGCAUCCCAGGUGCAGGGCCUAUUCUGGUGCAUUGCAGUGCUGGGAUUGGCCGCACUGGGACUAUCAUCGUCAUUGAUAUGAUAGUGGAAACAAUCUCAACCAAGGGGCUGGACUGUGACAUUGACAUCCAGAAGACCAUCCAGAUGGUGAGGGCCCAGCGAUCUGGGAUGGUGCAGACGGAGGCCCAGUACAAGUUCAUCUACAUGGCCAUCUGCGAGUUCAUAGAGGCAACCAAGAAAAAGCUGGAAAUUAUCCAGUCUCAGAAAGGCAAGCCAAACGAGUGUGAGUAUGGGAACAUCUCCUACCCCCCUGCCGUGAGGAAUGCACAUGCCAAGGUUUCACGAAAACCCUCCAAGUAA